GGAGGAUGAAUUGAUGGGCGGUUCGGCGUUGGCGUGCGGCCCUCCGGAAAUGUAAAUUUUUACCGUAAAGUGUGAAAGGCGGAGAUGUAAAAAAAUUAAAUAUAGAUCAUCUGUUGGAAAGCUGUUUUUUAUAGAUUAAAAAAUUGAUUAUUUUUUACUUAUGAACCGUCAACUGAACAUGCUCUAACGACUUACUUUUCGCUUAACCAAGGGAAAAAACGGAUCGGAGGUCAAUUAUGCGCCGCCGCCUGCCGUGUGCCUAGCUCCACCCUCGCGCCGUCGCCGUUGCCGUCGGGGAUCCAGUGAUGCUUGAGCAGAGGCCCCCAAUCGAAGCAGCAGCAGGGCGCUCGACUCCGAGCCGCAACCGGCAAUCGAGCGCCUCCUUUUUCUUAGCGGCAAUUCGGAAUCAGCAGUCCUUUCCGGACUACAAUCAGAAGCAGGCCCUCUUUCGGAUUCAGUCUCCGAAAUUCCAUUGGUAGCGUAUACGGAGUAUAUGUAUAUAUAUAUAUGGCCUGGCGGCAACAGCGGUACCAGCCAAUCUUUGGAGGAGACCAAUUCACGGCAACUCGUGAGCUUUGAGCUGCAAACUCCCGUGACAUCCGACGAUGUCGAGCUCUCUUCGCCGGCGACCGGCCGCCAGACCGAUGGGCAAACCAUCCGUCAAGGGCCUCAACAGCUAUAACCGAUGGUCCUCUCUAGCCAAUCUGAUACCCGAAGAAGAGGAAAGCUAUUAUCAAGAAGACCGGCUCAGCGAUUUGCCUGAUGAUGUAUUGCUUAAUAUCGUGGAGCGACUCGAUAUCGCAGAUGCUGCAAGAACCAGCACCCUCUCCAGACGUUGGAAGCCGAUCCUCGCGAUGCUCGCUGAAAUUUCUAUAAAGGUUGGUUCCGUCGACCCGGAGCACGACAGGACCUGUGAUGAGGUAGUUCGAGCCAAUGCAACCGUACUUGGGGCGACUAGGAGCCUUCUGGAAAAAAGGACGGCAAAUCUACACGCCAUCCGGUGCAUGAGAUUGUUCUUGGGAGAUGCAAGCGCUAUAGUCAGCAAGACUAUCGGGAACACCGUAGCGACGAAGAAGGUUGGUUUGGUUGAGUUGGAUAUCUUGACAGAGAAAGUGACUAAAACAUGCACCGAUGAUGAUAUGGCCACUUACGGGAGACAGCUCAUGGCAUUCGUUGAUGCUUGUCCGGACACAUUGAGUGGUCUCACGCGACUCAAGCUGGAGAAUGUGAUGAUAGGUGGAUCAGACUUCCCUAAAAUCUUCAGUAUAUGCAAGCGACUGGUGUUCCUCCGCUUGGACAACUGCGACAUGGGGUCACUGUCCUUGCUAGAAUUGCAACACCCGCAGCUUCGCCAACUCGAGAUGGAAAAUAUUUACUUUGAGAGGGUUGAUCUGAACUGGCUACCAGAGCUCACAACGCUGACUUUUUCUUGCUGGGCCUCUCCGCGUGAUCCUUUGUCUUUUGGUUAUGUCCCACUGCUCCAGACCGUAAGCAUCACUAAUUGCAGUCUUUCAUACCACAAGAUGCUCAAGUUAAGUGAAGUCCUUGGCAAUGCCACCAUAAGCAACCUGCGUUUGAACUUUGAAAGUGAAAAGAUUUGGGUUAAACCUGAAGGCCCAAAAGAAUUGUCGCAGGUAUUCAACAAACUAAGGCUUGUGCAUUUGGCUGACAUUUCAGAAGAAUGUGAUCUGACUUGGACGAUGUUCGUUCUGCAAGGCGCACCUUCCCUUGAGGAGCUACGCAUCACGGUGUGGGAUAAGUGCCUAAUGCUGAGGGAUGAGAGCGAGAGGAAGUUGCAUAGGUAUAGCGAGGAGAAGAAGGACGCACGCACAGAGUGGGAAACGUCUGCAUCAGCUUUCAAGCACCACAAUCUUUUGGUGCUCAGGAUCUUUGGGUUUCAAUCAGAAGACAAGUUUGUGGAUUAUGUCACAGCUGUCAUGGAAGCAGCAGUGAAUCUCAAGGACAUAUACCUGCUUGAGAAGCCAACGUGCGAGACGUGUCCCCGCCGGAAGAUCAAGGAUAGAUACCCUCGGACAACGAAGCAGAGGAACAUGGUCAGGAGCUGUUUCAACAUGGAUAUGCACCCGCUUUUAAGGAUUCACUUCCCAGUUCGAGCCAAAUAAAGCCAUGGUUGUGCUGGACUACAAGAAAUUUUGUGUUACGGUUCUGAUGAACACUUGCUAUUAUCUCUGUUUGCCUCAGUUAUCUUUUUUUCUAAACGUUUGCCUAAUUUAUUGUGUGUUUACAUUUUGGCAAGGCUCCACGUGUAUAUAUUAGCGAUUCAAAAAAUUCAAAAAUUCAUAACUUUUGAACCGGA